AGGUGUCAAACUUCGAGAAGUGGCGCGGGUUUUGUAUUUUAUGCUUCUACGGUGGCGGGAGAUGAGAAGUUAGACAGGGAGAUAUUUGAUUAGAAUCUCCACUACUUUUGAGAAUUAAUCAAAUUAGCUUCAUGGUUUGAGUUUAUUUCUAUCUCCAAAUAUCAAGCUUUGCUUCGGGAGGAGAAGGACAACGCAAAUGGAUGAUUUUGGGGUCUACGUUGUUUUGGGAGUGAAUGAUGCGCCCCUAAAGCUCCUAUGGUAAAUUAUCUAACUGCAAACGGGUCAGCCCAGUUUUCCGUUGCAGUACCACCGAGUUGCCAGCAGGUGGUGCUGUUUUCCAGGGGGCGAUGGGGAGACAGGGUCUGCGUCAACGCAGAACUCAACGACGCCGACAGAGUUCCAAUCACCAUAGGAAAACUGACACCGUAUAAUCGGUGUUUAACAUGGGAGCAGUGGGAAGAGGAGAGCUGGACUGAGGGAGUGAUGUUAACUGUCAGCUUGGAAGGAGGACACCUGGCCAAAGGGGAUAUGAUGAACCUUGACCUCACCCUGUCCAUGAAGGAGUACACCCCAGAGAGCGCUGUGGCCCCUUCCCCUGUUAGGGAGGGGAAGAGAAAGAGGGGACAAACGGGGGAAGACGACGAGGAAGAGAACAGAGGGAAGGAGAACACGUGUCCCAUCGAAGUGGUGUCGUCAUUUUCAGAGAAGUCAACCCCCCUCAGAAAGGUCAGAGGUCAGAGCAGAGGAGGUCAGACCAGACUGUUCCUCCAGAGUGAGGGUCAGGAAGGUGCGGCUCUCACCCCUCAGAACACUCCACCUCCGAGGGGCAAGGGUAGACCGGCCAAGACACCCACUACACAGACUGCCCCAUUGGUCAACCCGUCGGGCCGCUGGGGUCAGAGCCUGUGCCCCAUCGACCCCCAGACAGCCAUUCUGAUUGGAGGCCAGGGAUCCAGGAUGCAGUUCUGCAAGGACCCCAUGUGGAAGCUGUGUACUGAGGACAUGUCAUGGGUUCCCGCGGAGACGCUGGCAGAAGGCCCCACCCCCGAGGCCCGGAUUGGCCAUACUGCGACCUACGACCCCGAUUCCAAAAGAAUCUUUGUGUUCGGGGGUUCUAAGAACAAAAAGUGGUUCAACGACGUUCACAUCCUUGAUACACAGAGCUGGAAGUGGAGCACAGUGGAGGCCCAGGGAAAAGUACCUCCAUUAGCCUAUCACAGCUGCAGCAUGUUUCGGGGUGAACUAUUUGUCCUGGGAGGGGUGUUCCCUCGCCCUCACCCUGAACCCGACGGCUGCAGUGACUCCCUCUACAUCUUCGACCCACAUCUCUCCAUUUGGUACCAGCCCAUCGUCACAGGCGACAAGCCCGCCCCCCGCUCAGGUCACUCGGCCUGCGUCACCCAGGGGAAGAUCUAUGUGUUCGGAGGCUGGGACACUCCACUCUGCUUCAACGACAUGUACAUGCUUGACCUGGGACUGAUGGACUUUUCAUCUGUUCAGACCAAUGGCUCACCUCCCUCUCCUCGCAGCUGGCAUGGUUGUGUGCUACUCUCUGACUCUACGUUUGUGGUCCACGGGGGAUACAAUGGGAACCAGGCCCUCAAUGACACCUUUACCUUCAACACAGACACCAACACCUGGACUGAACUGGUUCACCCACAGCUCUCCGUGCCCAGAGCUGGACAUUCCAUCAUCACCAUGGCGCUAGCCAAUCAAAACCUUUCAUUCAAGGAUGACGGCAAAGAACGAAACUCCGACCGUACCCCCAAAACCCUGCUGGUAUUUGGAGGGGGCAACAACGAGGGGAACUUCUAUUCCGACCUGACGACCCUGACUGUCGCUGAACUGCUGGACCAGAAUUAAUGCUGUGUUCAUAACCAAUUGGGAAUUUACCACGUACAACUGGGAAAAAUCCACCUGAAUGCCUCUCCAAAAGGUCAUUACUGGUGGGACACUUGUAUAUUAUCCCUGAGCUCCGACUUCUCCCACAUUCUGACCUCCCCUUAAGUAAGGAAAUGACCCCAAUAACCGCAAUUUCGGCAGCUAAAUGCAAUAACUAAACAUUAUUUAUAAAAAGCUAUCUAUUCAUCUUUUUUUUGUUUUUUUUUCACUAUGAUUUGUUUGUCAGCAUGAUAACAGUACUUAUAGUUUUGUGGUUGACGCAGCUUGUUUGCCAUUAGCCAAUCAAAGUUGAAACCAGUUGGAUUUAUUCACGUGCUAUUUACUUCCCACUUGGUUAUGAACACAACAUAAACCACAUGAGUGGAAUCCUAAAUGGUACCCUAUUCCCUAUAUAGUGCACUACUUUGGACCAGGGCUCUAUGGAACCCUAUUCCCUAUAUAGUGCACUACUUUGGACCAGGGCUCUAUGGAACCCUAUUCCCUAUGUAGUGCACUACUUUGGACCAGGGCUCUAUGGAACCCUAUUCCCUAUAUAGUGCACUACUUUGGACCAGGGCUCUAUGGAACCCUAUUCCCUAUAUAGUGCACUACUUUGGACCAGGGCUCUAUGGAACCCUAUUCCCUAUUAUAGUGCACUACUUUGGACCAGGGCUCUGGCCCCACACACAGCCCCUAUGGGUGUAUUAGAGAAAUCUCACAGAUCUUCAAAGUCAGAUGUUUUCCCGUCAUUAGAAACAGGAAGUGCUAGUAGUUUGUUUUUAAACGUCUCUCAGGGUGAUGAGGGAAUGGUCAGACUGAUGUUAUUGAUACAUUUAAAACAUGUAUACUUUCCAGGAAAUAUAUAUUUCUGUAGUGCACUGCUUUUGACCAGAGCCCUAUGUAGAGAAUGGGUUGCCGUUUUGGAACUCGAGCCGUCUGGGUCGUGUUCAUUAGUGCACACUGUAGCAAAACUGCAAUAGAAAAUGAGGGUUCCUUAUUGGACAAAUUAAAGUAGUUCUAUUUUGGACAGUUUGGUUCCUAUUGAAUACAACCCUGGGGUUUAUAAAGUGAGGAUUUAUGGUUUGACUGAACCAGUUUGCACUUCAAGUGCAGUGUUUUUUAAAAUUAUUUUGGUCAGCCUAGAGGUGUGACGUGUGUACAAGCUGCUUAUUAUAUUUUAUAUUUUUAACUUUAGAUGGUCAUUAACCAUAGUGGAACUGAAGCAUAAUUUGAAGCCGGGUUGCCAGUCUGUUUCUGCUCACUUUCCAAUUGAAUUCCAUAACUCAAUCGGACUGGGAAAGUGGGUUGUAGACAAAAAAAAAUACUUUAAAACUUAGUCAUAGAAAUAAAUAUAUAUAUAUAUAUAUAUUUUUUUUUUCUUCUACGUUCCAAUUAGUAUGUUUUUUAAAGCUACCCAAGUUCUGUGUCUCCGGUACUCACAUUCUAAUUAGAGCCUGACCGAUUUUUAUCAGCCGAUAUUGGCCUUUUAAACGCUAUCUCGAUAUGGGCUGAGAAACUAUAUUCAAUAAAUAGGAUGUGGAGGAAUCUUGUGCUUAUCUGGACACUUGUGACCAUUCUCAUGAUGUCACAAUGUAUGAAAUCAACAUUUUGAAGCUUAAUUAUUUGACAAUUGCUCUUUUUUUUUAAUGACAAUUUUGAGAAUUCUGUGAAUACAUUUUUUUUUUUCAUUUUCCCCAUUGUAUAACAAAUAUAUCGUCAGGUUUAUUGGUAUGGAUCUAGUUUCAAAAUGGUGUUGCUUUCUUUUCUUAGGCAGCUUUUUUUAUUUUUGUACAUUCAUGCUGAAUAAACUGAAAGAUACUAAAAGA